AUGUCGUUCUCCUCAAUCCCCAUUCUUGACCUCUCUCUCGCCAAGGACCCCUCCACGAAAGCCCAGUUCCUGGACGAGCUUCGACAUGCCCUCCUCGAAGUCGGAUUCCUGUAUCUGAAGAAUGUAGGAAUACCCAAGGAGUUGACACAAGGCGUCAUUAGAGAGGGAAUUGAAUUUUUCAAUUUGCCUACGGAGGAAAAGCUGAAGAUACAAAUGAAGAAUGCACCCAGUUUUCUAGGUUAUUCAUGUCUCGAUGCCGAGGUCACAGCUCAUUCCAUCGAUCACCGCGAGCAGAUUGACCUCUCGACCGAGCACCCUCUUCCCUCGCCUUCAGACCCGAGAUAUCGAAACCUCUUGGCGCCUAAUCAAUGGCCCUCGGCCUCUCUACUGCCAAAUUUCAAGCCCGUAUAUUCGGAUUAUAUCAAGCGGAUGGGAGAGAUAAGUAUCUUCUUCACGUCCCUCAUCGCCGAGGCUAUCGGUCUCCCGGCCGACGCAUUCAACAAAUACUUCGAUGCGGACCAGCAACACAAACUGAAGAUUGUGAAGUACCCGGACCUCAAAGAGCUGGGGCUGUGGAAAGAAGGAGAGCCGGUGGAAGGGCAAGGAGUGGGGCCGCAUAAAGAUAGCAUGCUGACCAGUUACCUGCUGCAAAUGACGGACCAUAAGGGGCUACAAGUCCAGAAUCUACAGGGGGAGUGGAUCGAUUGCCCGCCGAUUGAUGGCACGCUCGUGGUGGCUAUCGGGCAAGGCAUGGAGGCGCUCACUCAAGGCGUAUGCAUGUCCACGACGCAUCGAGUCCUCUCCCCAGCGCCAGGAUCCGGUGCGAGGUUCUCGGUGCCGUUCUUCCAAGGCGUAUCCCUGGACGCGGAAUUCGAGGAGCUGAAUGACUUGGAGCAUGGCGGGGGAGUGGGGAGGGUCCCGGAGCAUAUCCGGGAGAUGAGGAGGCAGGUGGUGGCCAGGAAUGGGGGCAGAUUGGAUGAUGUCGAGUUUACGUUUCAUGGGGGUGGGGUGGCUAGGACGUUGGGCGAGGCGACGUUGAGGAAUAGGGUGAAGAGCCAUCCGGAUGUGGGGGAGAGGUGGUACCCUGAUAUCCUGGCGGGGAUCCGCGAGGAACAGGAGGCGGAGAGGAGGAGGAAG